AUGGCUGCCAAUUUCUUCAACAACAAGGCCCGCGCUGCUGCGGCAGCAGCGAACCCUUCGAAGCCGAAGCCCACAGAUAACAAGGAAGAACAAGCAAAGCAACAACCAUGGCCACAUAGCCGUCCCAAGACCCUCGAUGAUGUCGCCGCCCAAGAUCACACAACCAAAGUCCUUCAACGAACACUCCAAGCUUCCAACCUCCCCCACAUGCUCUUCUACGGACCCCCAGGUACCGGAAAAACAUCCACCAUUCUCGCCCUCGCCAAAUCCCUCUUCGGACCUUCCCUCUACCGCUCGCGCAUUCUGGAACUGAACGCCUCCGACGAACGAGGUAUCGGUAUCGUGCGUGAAAAGAUUAAGAACUUUGCCCGUGCUCAACUCACACACUCUACGGGGUUGGGUGAGGAAUACUUGGCACAAUACCCGUGCCCGCCAUUUAAGAUUAUUAUUCUCGAUGAGGCGGACAGCAUGACGCAGGAUGCGCAGUCUGCGUUGCGUCGCACGAUGGAGCAGUAUAGUCGGAUUACCCGUUUCUGCUUAGUUUGCAACUACGUCACGCGAAUCAUUGAGCCGCUGGCGAGUCGAUGCAGCAAGUUUCGAUUCAAGGCUUUGGAUAACACGGCCGCUGGAGAGAGAUUGGAACAUAUUGCCAAGGUGGAGAAUCUAAGGUUGGAGGAUGGAGUUGUGGAUAAGUUGAUUGCUUGCAGUGAGGGUGAUAUGCGACGGGCGAUUACGUAUAUGCAGAGUGCGGCUAAGCUUGUCGGGGCUGGCCGGGCUGGGAAGAAGGACGAGGACGAGGACGAGGAGAUGACAGACCAGGAGUCGGAGGUGAUUACUGUUCGGACAAUUGAGGAGAUUGCUGGUGUUGUUCCGGAAAGUGUAUUGGAUGCGUUGGUGCAGGCGAUGCAGCCGAAGAAGAUCGGGUCCUCGUAUGAGGCUGUUGCGAAGGUGGUUACGGAUAUCAUUGCUGAUGGGUGGAGUGCAACGCAGCUUCUUUUACAGUUGUAUCGACGGGUGGUGUUCAACGACGCGAUCCCUGAUAUCCAGAAGAACAAAAUCGUUAUGGUGUUCUCGGAUAUGGAUCGACGUCUGGUUGAUGGUGCAGACGAGCAUCUGUCUAUCUUGGAUGUGGCCCUUAAGAUCUCUGGCAUCCUGGGAGGAGCUUAG